CUAUCCACUAAGUAUCUUCUUUAUUGUCAUCAAUGAGUUCUGUGAACGGUUCUCCUACUAUGGAAUGCGAGCGGUGUUGGUACUUUAUUUCAAAUACUUUCUACGAUGGGACGAUAACCUCGCCACUGUGGUUUAUCAUACCUUUGUUGCCGUGUGCUACCUGACCCCCAUCCUUGGUGCCAUCGUUGCUGACUCUUGGUUGGGAAAAUUCAAGACCAUUAUCUACCUGUCCAUUGUUUACACUGUAGGGCAGGUCGUUAUGUCUGUGAGUGCCAUUCAUGAUCUAACUGAUGGCAACAGAGAUGGAGAUCCAGACAUCUUAUCUGUACAUGUUGCACUAUCAAUGAUUGGCCUCAUCCUUAUUGCUUUUGGCACUGGAGGAAUUAAACCCUGUGUGGCAGCCUUUGGAGGAGACCAGUUUGACGAAAGCCAAGAUAAGCAGAGAAGCCGCUUCUUUUCCAUCUUCUAUUUGUCAAUUAAUGCUGGAAGUCUUUUGUCGACCAUUAUAACUCCUAUUCUCCGAGGACAAGAGUGUGGAAUCCACAGUAAGCAGAAGUGCUAUCCUUUAGCAUUUGGUGUGCCUGCUGCUCUCAUGGUGGUUGCUCUCAUUGUAUUUAUUGUUGGCAGUGGAAUGUACAAGAAAGUCUCCCCUCAGGGCAAUAUCAUUGUGAAAGUUUGCAAGUGCAUUUCUUUUGCCAUCCGUAAUAGAUACAGAAAUCGAAGCAAAUCAAUACCUAAGAGGGAGCACUGGAUGGACUGGGCACAGGAAAAGUAUGAUGGGCUUCUUAUUGCUCAGGUUAAGAUGGUACUGAAGGUCUUGUUCCUGUACAUUCCUCUUCCAAUGUUCUGGGCUCUUUUUGAUCAGCAGGGCUCAAGAUGGACUCUGCAAGCCACCGCUAUGGAUGGAAACUUUGGGUCUAUACAAAUUCAACCAGAUCAAAUGCAGACUGUCAAUCCAAUAUUGAUAAUUGUCCUCGUUCCCAUUGUUGAUGUUGUGAUUUAUCCUUUAAUAAAGAAAUGCAAGCUGAACUUUACCCCUCUGAAGAGGAUGACAGUGGGAAUGUUCCUGGCUGCCAUGGCUUUUGUUGUCGCCGCAAUUGUGCAGAUAGAAAUAGAUAAAACUCUUCCAAACUUUCCGAGCAGCAAUCAGCUACAAGUUAAAGUUAUAAAUUUGGGAAGUCAAACAUUGUCUGUUACUUUUAAAGAAAAUGCACCAUCUCCUUCUGAAUUACCCAUAGCAUUGGGAUCACUAAAGGCACAUAACUACGAGACUCUUCAGAUUAAUAGUGAAAUGAAUGUGAGCUACGGAAAUAGAAGCAAUGUUUUAGGUUUUGCUGAUUUCACAGAAAAGGUCAGAUACACCUAUAUCAUCUCAGAUCAAGGUGAACUACAAACAGACUGGGCAGAAGACAUAAGCCAAAAACCAGAACAGGGAGAUAAUGCUAUCAGGUUUAUUAAUAAUCUUCAAGAAAGCAUCAACAUAACAGUAACUGGUACAAGCCUUGGUGAAAUUCCACCGUUCAGCUUUUCCAAUUACACAAUGCAAAAGUUGGGAAUGAAAAAAAUAGAAGGUAUUACUGCCAAUGGGAGCAUGUGCUCUGUGGAAUCUUUGAAGUUUGGUUUUGGAAGCUCUUACACAAUACUCAUUAAGGGAGUAACGUCCAUGAACAUAGACUACAUUGAAGACAUUCAACCCAACACAGUUCACAUGGCCCUUCAGAUUCCACAGUACUUCCUCAUUACUGCCGGGGAAGUUGUCUUCUCAGUUACUGGGCUGGAAUUUUCAUACUCUCAGGCUCCAUCCAACAUGAAAUCUGUGCUUCAGGCAGGAUGGCUGUUAACAGUGGCUGUUGGUAAUAUCAUUGUUCUUAUUGUAGCUGGAGCUGCAGGUCUCAGUGAACAGUGGGCAGAGUAUAUUCUCUUUGCUGCUCUGCUAGUGGCGGUAUGCAUAAUUUUUGCUGUUAUGGCCUAUUUCUACACCUACGUUGAUCCUGCAGUGAUUGAAGCCCAGUUUGAUAGUGAUGGGAAGAAAAAGAAGGAGAAGGAAAAAGAAGCUAUAGGAUUUGAAAUGGGAGAUGGACCUCCAAAAAAAACCAAAAUGUAA